UGAAGGAUGCUGUGUCUUACGGCUCGACGUGGUAUAAACAUGCUUUUUUGUUUCUGUCUCUGUUAUCGUGCCUUGCAUCUUUCCCCAGAUAAGCUUCUCACUAGGAUUGGGUUGCUUGGCUGGUCCACAACAGUACUUGCGCACAGAUACCCCUUCUGAUCGCCCAUUAGACGCCGGGCUGAUCUGCAAACCUCACUAUCUAGCUUCUCAAUUUCGACCAUGGCAAUUACAUUGAUCACCACCGUUCCUGGAUUGCACCUGCAGUCACCUUCGUUGUCGAUAAUCACCUCCCCGACCACGCUGCUGCAUUCUUGGAAGUCCCCACAAUCACCUGCGUUUCCGGAUCUCUCCCCGAUACUGCCCCUCCCGAGCCCAGUAUCAUCCACCUUCCAACACCGCGUCUCCACGAAGAGUACAUCUCGUGUAACUUCUUCCCCGCGUAUUCCACCAGAGCUUUUCUUGCAUAUCGUCUCGUUCCUUGCUGUUCCAGACACGCCCACCAUAACGGACAUCCACGACCAGUCCAAUCUCGCAGAAAUCUGCAAUUGCUCCCUUGUGAGCAAAUUUUGGCUAUACGCAGCCCGGGAUCAUUUAUGGAGACACGUGCGACUCGGAGGCGGACGAAGAGGAAAUACUUUCAUUGAGCUACUUCAACAUUACACCUCAGGGCAUGAAUCCACCCUUCCGAGUUUUGUUCCGCACGUCAAACACCUCUUCAUUCGUGAAUCGCGGGGAGGUUUAUCGUGGGGCCCGAAAUGGCUUAACGCCGUCUUGCCAACCCUAGCUGGCUCGCUCGUCAAUCUCCACUCUCUCGAAGCCGAGCGCAUCACCUGGGAGUACCUGUCAUCUAAGUCUCGGGAUGCUUUUAUAAAAGGGUUCAAAGGUGUUCGGAAACUUUCGCUGCACGUAUGCGAGUUCAGGACGACGCUGGAUAUGAUCAGGGUUAUCGGAGAGUUUGAAGAUGUAGAAGCGCUCGCACUGGACCGGGUGCACUGCGAGUGGGAUGAUAUACCUGUGGACUCGGAGGUGUUUGUGUCUAGAGCCGACGAUAGAACGAUUCCUAAGCCACCGAGAAGACUUAGGGAGCUCGCGAUGCGGGGAGCACAUACCAGACAUGUGUUGAAAUGGAUGAGGGUGGCGAUGAAGCACGAUGGAGGGCGGGUGACAGUGGAAGUACUGAGACUCGGAGCGUUGGGUGCCAAGAGUGCCCCAGCAGUGGGGAAGUUCUUGAAGACGCUGGGCACAAGCUUGAAAGAGCUCCAUCUCGGAUUCGAUGCUGCAUUCAUAGACAAUGGAGACGAGGUUGUAUCACACAUUGACCUCAGCCAUAACAAUUUUUUGAGAGAGAUGCAUGUGUAUGGACUCAUUAUUCCCUCCUUGCCACCCUCAGAUCCAUCAAACUUCCAACCUCCCACGCGGCUGCCACCGCAGUUGAUGCCACUCACUGCCCUCCUCGAUGGUGUACGCGCACCGUUGCGAGCUCUUUCGCUCGCAUUGUAUCCCGCUGAUCUGCACGCCCUUUCCUCGAUGGACUUCGAAGGGCUAGCUCAUGUAUUAGACGGAAGGCCAUGGACAACCCUGGAAGAUGUACUUGUUGUAGUAGCAAAUGAAGGCGAUGGAAGGAUGGGCGGGAUUGUCAAUCAGAGACUGGAUAGAUUGUUAGAGAGAGGUGUACUGCGAGUGGAUGUAGGGUUUGAUGACAGGGAGGUCUUAUUUAUUUGAAUGUUUAGACUUCGUAACGCGAUAUCAUGUUCUGAUUUCAUUUUGCCAUUGAUAUUUAGUGUCUGACUGAUACUCACUU